AUGACAAACGAUGCUACACCACCCGCGAUAUCGGAGAAGUACAUUCUUCCUAUGGACCCACGUACCUUUAACGGUUUGGAAGAGGACGACUAUCUGCACAAUCCAGAGCCGAGGAAAGAGCGCAUAAACAGUAGCGGACACAUCUUCACGGGACGCGGUCUCGUCAAUCUGGGGUACCUCUGGCAAACAUCAGAUCCGAGUUGCGGGUACCCCAUCAUCUCAUGGCUCAACAAACCACAGCAGUCGUAUCUGAAUGGAUUCGGCUUGGGGGGCACCAAUCGUACCGGACAAGUUCCGGACAUUCCUGGGAUCCGCGGCCUCAUCGAUCGCGACACCCCGCAGGAGGUGCGGACGAAGAGCGACUAUGUGACCGGCAAGAAGUGGCAGCUCGUCUUCAGCGACGAGUUCAACACCGAGGGGCGCUUUUUCUACCCUGGGGACGACCCGUACUGGGAAGCGGUCGACCUGCACUACUGGGCCACGGGGAACAAGGAGUGGUACGACCCGAAGGCGAUCACGACACGCAACGGUUCGCUGGAGAUACAACUGUCGAACCAAACGAACCACGGCCUCAACUAUACGGGCGGCAUGCUCCAGUCCUGGAACAAGUUCUGCUUCACGG